AUUAAAUUAUACAUACAUUCCACAGGCUGCAGUGUUUCUAGUACAGUUUGAGUUUGUCCACAAUGACUGUCACCUACACAGCCAGAGUUGCAAACGCUCGCUUCUGUGGAUUCUCCAAGCUCCUUUUGGCCUGGAAAGGAAGCAUCUACAAAGUUUUAUACAAGGAGUUUGUGGCUUUCUUUGCCAUGUACACGGCAAUCAGCAUUACCUACAGAUUCUUACUGUAUGACGAUCAGAAGAGAUAUUUUGAAAAGCUCGCCAUUUACUGUAACCACUAUGCCAGUCUGAUCCCUAUGUCUUUUGUAUUAGGUUUUUAUGUGACUCUUGUGGUGAAUCGUUGGUGGAGCCAGUAUACAUGCAUCCCGCUCCCUGACCAGCUGAUGUGCAUUCUCUCUGGUGGCCUGCAGGGCAGUGACGAGCGGGGCCGUUUACUCAGAAGAACCAUGAUGCGUUACGCAAGUCUGUCCGCCCUCCUCAUCCUGCGCUCUGUCAGCACUGCAGUGUUCAAGCGCUUUCCCACCAUUGACCAUGUGGUAGAGGCAGGUUUCAUGACAAGAGAGGAGAGGAAGAAAUUUGAAAUUCUCCAUUCUCCCUAUAACAAAUACUGGAUCCCCUGUGUUUGGUUCACUAACUUGGCUGCUGUGGCUCGCUGUGAGGGCCGGAUCAAAGAUGACAACACACUCAAACUUCUGCUGGAGGAGCUAAACGCGUUUCGGGGGAAGUGUAGCCUUCUGUUUCAUUACGAUAUGAUCAGUGUGCCACUGGUCUACACACAGGUUGUGACUUUGGCUGUCUACAGUUUCUUUCUGGUUUGUUUAAUCGGUCGACAGUUUUUGGAUCCCGCACAGGGCUAUCCUGGCCAUGACCUCGACCUCUAUGUGCCCAUCUUCACACUGUUGCAGUUUUUCUUCUACGCUGGAUGGCUCAAGGUGGCAGAACAACUUAUAAACCCUUUUGGUGAAGAUGAUGAUGACUUUGAGACCAACUGGCUGAUAGACAGGAAUUUUCAGGUUUCCAUGAUGGCGGUGGAUGAGAUGUAUGGGGACCUGCCGCUGAUGCAGAGGGACAGAUACUGGAACAACUCAAACCCUCGGCCACCGUACACCGCUGCCACUGUCUUUGUCCUACGCAAACCCUCUUUCCAGGGGUCCACCUUCGACAUGGCGUUGCCUAAAGAUGAGAUGCACUUCCAGCCUUUGGAGAAUAUUGCUGAAAACCUGGAGGAGUCAAGCAGUCGUCAGUCCAACAUGGCGCUGUUAAAUCGGCUCCUGAACGUUGCCCCCAGCUCCAGUGGUCUCAUGGGAGGGGCGCUGCGCCGCACCUCAGCCCAGCUACAGAGGCUGCGCCAGUAUCCCAAUGUGGACCCCAGCACCAGCGAUGAAGAGGCGGAGAGCCCUACAGUAAGUAAGGAGACUCUACAAUCCAGACAGAGACAGGACAGCCAGAGCACAGUGUGUAGUUUUAAGGAGAGGUGUGUUGGGGCCCCUCUUCUGGACAAGCACUUUGGAUCAGACCCUCUGGAGCUGAGGAUCGAGGAGGACGGAGACUCACUCAGACAGGUAGAGAAUGUCCCAUCUACUGUGUCUCUGCUCCCUCCGCCACCUCAGCUCAAAAAGACCAGACCUGUCUCUGCCAUCACCCCACGGCCGUGCAACCUGCUCCAGCCUAUUGACCACCUGGAGCACAGCAGCUCUCAGCCAGUCAUCAACCAGAACCACCCCACACUCUCCGCCAUCAGCCCCCCCUCUGAAGUACCCAGGACACCCUGUGUCCAACCACUGAGAGCCCGCAGUGUAAGUGUGGGCCUAGAAAUCACUGGGGCACAACAUCAUGAUGACUUUAAUCGAUCCUAGAUCUCCAAGUCAGACUUGAUCAAACAGUCUAUUAGCUGCCCUGGGACAGACAAUCAAUGUAUAACCUU